GUUGGUUGCAUUGGUCCCCAGCCGCCAAACUCACCUCACACAGCCCGGCCUUAGGGAUAUCUCACAUACUCCUUAACGGAUGAGGCCAUCGUAUUCACUAAAGAAGGAAGAGAUUUGAGUUUAUGAGUCUACGGCAAGUAGUGCUAGAGGAUUCAAAAUGGUUUUGAUGCGCGAUGAUCGCACACACCCUUUGCUGGCACAGGUGCCAUUAACAGUGUCACCCUUCGUCACGCUGCCUACGGCGGCGACACUCCCUUAUACUUACAAGAGCAUGCCGUCAACGCUACCGCCGCCUUCGACCGGAAUAACAGGCGCCACUGACGAGAAGCCUAAGUACGUGGUGUCACAGUCCGGCCACGCCGCUCACCCGGAGGACAUCAUUGCUUCGUGCAAGGCUUUACAGGCCCACAUCACCAAGAUGCAAGAGGCCGCCGAGCGUGAACUGCGCGAGCUAGAUGAGCGUAUCCGAGCCCGCGAGCUUGCGGAGAAGCGCCGAGUCGCGCCCGGCUGGCUAGAUAGCGAGGCGCGGCUGCUGGAGCCCGAACGAAAACCCGGGGCGCCUGGUGAGGCCGAAGUUGCCGGCCAGUUUGCUGAAAUGAGCAUUUCCGGGCACGAGAAUGUCAGCGAGAUGGCUGUUGACCAAGGCGAGGAGCUUGAUCGUGCGUUUGGCGGGCCGAAGUGAUGGCGGCAUUAUUAGCAUCACCACUGAUGUAAUUUCAUGGCGUUCUGGGGAGGGAGGCCUUGUGCAUUUAAGUUAGCAUUGGUGGCGUCAGCGUUGGCGUUGGCAUGUUGGAACUGUCCACAGUUGCAUCACAGAUGGAUACAUUCUUAGGAGGCUUAAUGAAUUAUGAAUAUCUUCACUCAAGCGCAUUUCGCAAAAGGUUCCAUCAAGCAUAAGAAGAUAGUUACUACAUAUCUAUAGGGUGAGUUAGUCGGGCAAAAACAAAACAAACAACAGUUGCGCAUCUGGUCCCUGAG